AUGACGGAAAAUUGCUCUGUGGAUUAUUUAAUAUUCAAAAAAUAAGAUUUUACGAGAAUUUUCGCGAAAAUGUGGAAUAAUGGAAUGCCUCCGAUGAAUGCUAUGAAUCCCCAAGCAUGGGGACCAUCGCAAGAUCCGACUCUUUACAUCCAGCAACAACAACAACAGAUGACUCCAGAACAAUAUAAACAAUGGGAGAUCUAUUAUCAGCAGUACAGCGCUUGGUACGCUCAAUACGGCGAACAAUAUGCCGCAACGAUGGCUGCUCAAGGCGCCUUUCCGGGUACUCCAACAGCUCCAUAUCCGAAUUAUCAGCCUCCGCCGCCUCCUUUGCCGACAGAACCUGCGCCGCCGCCGCCUUCUGAGCCAUCACCAAGCACUUCGAACACUUCGACGGGAUAUGUCGCUGCCAAAGCUGCUCCCGUUACAUAUCAGCAACCCUCGCAACCAAGACAGGAUCAACCGGAAAUGCCCUUACAUCAACAACAUCAAUCACAGCAACCGUAUCAGAGCCAAGUUUCGAGCAAAUGGGGACACAAGCCACAAAUUAAGACAAAUCAGAGGAUUCAGUACGGCGCGACUCGUACAAUGGGACAACAAAAUAAUCAAAAUAACAAUCGAAGAGACCAAACCCCGAAUGGACAAACGAAUAUUCCCCCAAAUCGACGAAUUUAUCACGUAAGUCAACCGCAGCAGCAACAAACUCCCCCAAAACCGAGCAAUAACCAACAACCGCCUUCAAAUAAAACCACUGACGAGCCUUCCGAAGAGGAAAAAUUCUUCGACGAUCAAUUCACAAAGUGGGAAAAGGAGUUUGAGAGUUGGCGAAAGCAGAAUAUAAACCAUCCCGAUAAGAAAACGUAUGCCGAAUACGAAAGAAAGUUCCUCGAAACACGCGCAAAGCUCCUCGAACGACGCGAACAAAUGCGCCGGAAGAAAAAACCGCCUGCGGUACAAGUGAAAACCGAGCCAGAAGACACGUAUCAAAGGGAAUCUCCGAAAACGUGGCAACCACAGCCCAUAAAUAGUGCAGAAAUUAAACCGGAAGCGAUUUUUCCCGUUGUCGCUAAUAAUGCGGGAUCUAUUCCAGGCUUUGGAUUCGAUGGCGAGGACGAAAUUAAGCAAGAACCUGUCGAUACGGAAGCGGUGCCAUCGUCAUCGAACAAAAAAUCAGCAAAACCCUUGUUGGAUUUGAGAGAAAAUAUCCAAAAUGCUCCCGUUUCGAAUGAUUUACAGCAACAAUUGGAUACUUUGCUUGAAAAUUCGCAAGUUUCGGCGUUGUUAACUCUUGUAAAUCUCACAAAUGAGAAUUUAAACGCGAUUCAGUUGAACGCCUUGAAGCCAAUUAUCGAAGCACUGAAACAAUUAACAGGACGGGGUGAUAAAGAAAUUAUAAAAGCGUUGGUUGAAGUCUCCAUGAGGUUGAACAAUAACUCAAAUCAAGCAGAAGAAGUGCCACAAGAACCGGAAAUGCAGGAAAAUGAGCCGUUAGUUCAUGUCGCAGCAGCGGGAAUUAAAGUCAUGCCUCCUGUCGAAUCAUUCCAGCAAAUGCAACCUCCGCCAUCGAUGAAUCAAUCAUGGCAGGAAUUCGAUCCGAGUUGGAAUCAACAACAAUCUUGGCAACAAAAUCAAUUUUUCAACAUGCCUCCUCCUUCGACAAGAGCUCCGAAUGAUAAUCCGUCGUUAAAUAACGUUCAAGAACGACUUUUGGGACUUUCACAACCAAAUUCGCAGCAUCAACAAUUUAACCAAGCUCCUCCGCCGCCGCCUGCUGAAACUCCCAUGAACGAUAACAACAUGUUUGCACGUCGCAACAACUUCCGCGACGAGUUUGAAGCGAAUUUUGUCGAUUACGGACAUCAAGGAAAUCGAAAUUUUGGUCGUGAAAACUUUUCGGACUACCCUCAGAACAGAAAUCAACCACGAAAUAUGAACAAUGGAAGAAAUAACAACAAUAGAAAUCAAAAUCGUCGAAGUUUUAUGCCUGAAGAGUCCUUAGAUUACGGCGAAAGUAAUCCAACGUAUCCAGGAAAGUGGAUUUUAAUCAGUGAACGACCCCCGUUGAUUCGUCGCACGAAGCGUGGCAAACGUAAGAACCGAAAAGGGCAAAUAAUUGAGUCGAAAAAGUGGCCUGGCAACAAAAACAAUCCUCAAGAAUCGACUUCUGAAGCGGAAAAACCUCCUGAAAGCUCGUCAAAUGGCACAAAAGACUCGGAAAAUGAGGAAAACGUUCCCUUGUUAUGUGAUAAAAAGCCCGUUGAACCGUCUCCGAUACCCGAAUCGGAAUUUCUUGUCGUGCCAAAGUACGGACCAUAUCCAAAAACGACGACAUUACGCAUGCACAAGAACACAAUCUCGCUCGAUGAGAUCCUGCUCGAACCUGGAAGACUCACAAGGCCCCCGAAAAUUGUCAUAAUCUUUCGCGGGCCUCCAGGAAGCGGAAAAUCUGUGUUAGCUAAGUUGAUAAAAGACCAAGAAGCGGUAAUUGGAGGAAAUUCACCGCGAAUUUUGAGUAUCGACGAUUAUUACACGGUUGAAGAAGAAAAGGAGGAAGUCGAUCCGAUCACGGGAAAGAAAACGAUGAAAAUUGAAAGUCGUUAUGAGUACGUGGCAGACAAAGAAGACGAUUAUAUGCAAUAUUUGGUAAGGAGUUUGAAGAAAACUCUCACCGAUGGACUCUUUGACUUUGUUCUCGUGGAUGCGUGGAACGACAAAUUGCAUCACUACUUUGAAUUGCAUGAUUUGGCAACGAAGCACGGAUAUGUCGCAUAUACCAUUGAAUUGCUGUACGCGUUCGACGUUUGUCUGGACCAUAAUGUGCAUAAUCGCUCGCCAGCUGAUAUCAAAAAUAUGAUUGUCAAUUGGAAAUCACUGCCGCCGAAGCAUAUUUUGCUGGAUGCCACGAAUUUGAUUCAAUUUAGCAUGAAUGAAGCCAUCGAAGAAGCCCAAGCUGCGAAUCAAAGUGAACAGGAACCAACAAAAAAUAAUGAAGAGACAGGAAAUGGAAAUGCUGAAGCAAAAAAAGACUCGAAUGAAGACCCGAUCGAUACUCCAAUGGAUUCUAUUGAAGUCGAUUUAGCUGCUGAACAGGAAACAGAAGACUUGAGCGAUGAAGUCGAAGAGACUGGAUUUUUUAAAAGUAAAUGGGAGGAUGAUGCGACAGAAAAUAAACUAGCACGACUCGAUGGCGUCAGCAAACCCCUUCGACACCCGACAAUAGAAGAUUAUUUGCAGAUGGAUGGCUGGGAACCUCCAAAGUCAUCAAGUAACGGCAAAAAAAGAGUAAGAUGGGCAGAUAUAGUUGCCAAAAAUGAACAGCAAAAGAUGAAACAACUUGGAUUUGUGGUUGGUCACACGGAUUGGAGUAAGAUGAUGGAUCCCACAGAAGGCAGUAGUGCAUUGUGCGACAUUAAAUAUAUCGAAAAGGCGCCCAAAUUCCGGAAAUUGGAGUAGAUUUUAGAGGAUUUGUUAUGAACGUUCGAACAGUUAUUUGAAAAUUUUAACGAAAAUAUAGAUUUUAGAUAUUUAUGGUUAAUUAUUGCUUUAAAAAUGUUUUGAUGAGAGUGAUGUACG